GUCAAACUGCUAUCGAUGCUUGACGAGGUGGACCGGAGAUACAACCACUAUUGCGAGCAGAUGCAGAUGGUGGUGAACUCAUUCGACAUGGUGAUGGGGUUCGGCGCGGCCGUGCCGUACACCUCCCUCGCACAGAAGGCCAUGUCCCGCCACUUCCGCUGCCUCAAAGACGCCAUCGCCGCGCAGCUCAAGCACAGCUGCGAGCUUCUGGGAGAGAAGGACGGGCGUCCGGCGUCACAAGGCGAAACGCCCCGGCUCCGAAUGCUCGCGAGCCUCCGGCAGCAAAGGGCGUUUCACCAGAUGGGAAUCAUGGAGCAGGAAGCGUGGAGGCCGCAAGGGCCUCCCGAGCGAUCGGUCAACAUUUUGAGGGCGUGGCUUUUCGAACAUUUUCUGCACCCGUACCCAAGCGAUGCAGAUAAGCAUCUGUUGGCCCGACAGACUGGUCUAUCAAGAAACCAGGUGUCGAACUGGUUCAUUAACGCGAGGGUCCGGUUAUGGAAGCCAAUGGUGGAGGAGAUGUACCAGCAAGAGGCCAAAGACGAGCCCGAGGGCAACGAGCAAGACCGGGAUCAAAGCAGUGGCAGCCAACGCCCACCACCACUACUCCGCCACCCAUCAGCGCUGCACCGGAAAACGACCCUUCAUUCAUUGCAAUCAAUAGGCAGUGCUACACGGAUAACAACGGCGCAUCCGCUUACCUCGGCUGCGGCCGAUGAUUGCCGCGACAUGCAAGUGGCGGGAGUGCUGAUAAUAUCGGAUCCACGGUCAUACGGUUUGGGGCGAACGCGGGAGACGUUUCGCUCACGCUAGGGCUUCGUCACGCCGGAAACUUGCCGGAGAAGAGUCCCUUCUCUAUUAGGGAUUUUGGGGGCUGUUAAUUAA